GUAUCAAGUUGCAAGAUAAUUCAGCAAAGUGAAUUAAUAUUUUGGGAGAGAAAAUUAAUCUCAACCGCAAUGAAAUUGUUUUGCGAGAGAUUUCAAUCACAAAACAAUGCCGUUGUACAGUAAUACCUCGAUGGGAAAACUGAAAAACAACGAAGAGAUAAGCACCAUCGGCUUUCUCUGUGUGGUUACGAAUCAAAGAUUCGUUUUGGCUUUGUACACCACUACACCGCCAGUACGUAGAGUACGUUGGCGCCGGGUCCUUGCUCCGGCCGUGAUGAGCCGGUGGAAGCCGGGGAAGAUGCUGCGGGCGAUGCCGGAGGGGCCACGCUGCCGCUGCGGCCAUGCUGCAUGGAGCAGCCGCUCCAAACGCCGGCCGUUGGCCGAGAUGUGCCCGCGCCGUGCACUGGCCUGCCGGAGGCAGUAUCGCCUUUGCGCCUCGAGUUGGAGACCGGAGAGCGUAGCCGGUGCGCCCCGCGAGAAUGAGCCCGCCGCGCCAUGGCCGAGCGGAGAGAACCGCGUCGGCCGCUGGUCGCUUGUGCCAUCGGGCUGCGAGCCGCGCCGGAGGAGGGCUGCGUGCUGCGCGCUGCGCCGCGAAGGGUUGGGAACGACGCGCUAUGGUCGUUGGCCGCUGUCUCCACGUCGGAGCCGUGGGCCACAGCCGCCUCCUCCUUGGUUUGGUUGUCUCCGGACGCCGCCCGAGGCCGCGCUUGUAGGUGCGGGAGUGAGGAUGCCGCCGUCUGAGCACUUCACCUCACGGCAAGCGGGACGCCACGGGCUCGAGGCCGCGUCAGAACCGAGGGCUGCAAGCGCACUGGACACCGCCUCCGCGCCGGGAUUCGCGGUGGUCGGCGAGGGCGACGCCGGCCGUGAAGACGCCACAGCGUUGCUGCACAGCGAGGCGGUUGGCAUGGAAGGCGUCAUCAGCCACCGCCGAUCCGCCUCUUUGGCCGCGCCGCACCGCUGCGCUAGUCUGCGGCCUGCCCCCCUCUUCGCACGGGAUGCAUGCAUGCGGAUGCCCGUCUUUGCUUCCUCUGCUGUACCAUUGGGAGCCGCGCCGGAGCGCGUCAGGCCCGCUGGGUGCUUCCUCAGGGCUCUUGCGUAACCGCCCACUGCGGCAAUGGCCUUUUCUCUCAGCGGAGAGACACGCCGCUGAUAACGUAUUUCAAGUAGAGAACGAGAGACAAUCGGCAAGGAUGUAAAGCGAAGAGUUGUCUUUAUUGAUGAUGGGAUUACACAUACUAUAUAUAGCCCCCGAAGGGGUGUGUCCGAAGGGGCAUGAGACAACCGCCUCAAUUAGGAAAAGUAAGGAUUAAUAAGAUUAAUUAAAUCCUAACAGUUUUCUUUUUUUUAAGAAAAGACAAGAGAUGAUCUCUUAGCACAAUAUGUCUCACCAUGUUUUUAGGAAUAACUAGUUAUUGAAG